AGGAAGGCGCUGGCGGGCAGUGAUGGCGGCGGGUGAUGGGGACGUGAAUUUAGGCACCCUGGGGAGUGGCAGCGAGAGCAGCAGCGACGGUAGCAGCGAGAGCCCGAGCGGCGCGGGAGCGGCAGCAGAAGGGGGCGGCUGGUUGGCAGCUGCGCUGGCUCUUCUGACGGGGGGCGGGGAGAUGCUGCUGAACGUGGCGCUGGUGGCGCUGGUGCUGCUGGGGGCCUACCGGCUGUGGGUGCGCUGGGGGCGGCGGGGUCUGGGUGCCGGGGCCGGGGCGGGCGAGGAGAGCCCCGCUGCCUCUCUGCCUCGUAUGAAGAAGCGGGACUUCAGCUUGGAGCAGCUGCGCCAGUACGACGGGUCACGCACCCCGCGCAUCCUGCUUGCGGUCAAUGGGAAAGUCUUCGACGUGACCAAAGGCAGCAAGUUCUACGGCCCGGCGGGUCCAUAUGGAAUAUUUGCUGGUAGGGAUGCCUCCAGAGGACUGGCGACAUUUUGCCUAGAUAAAGAUGCACUUAAAGAUGAAUAUGAUGAUCUCUCAGAUUUGAAUGCCGUACAAAUGGAGAGUGUUCGAGAAUGGGAAAUGCAGUUUAAAGAAAAAUAUGAUUAUGUAGGCAGACUCCUAAAACCAGGGGAAGAACCAUCAGAAUAUACAGAUGAAGAAGAUACCAAGGAUCACAGUAAACAGGAUUGAACUUUGUAAACAACCAAAGUCAGGGGCCUUCAGAACUGCAAUUCUUAAUCCCUUUCACAGAGUGUCCAGCGUCUUUGGGUUUGGUUCACCUGCUGCAAAAAAACAUUCAACAGAUUGUUUGUACAAGCUAAAUGAGUCUCACUAUGAAGAUUUGAAUACUAGACAUUAUGCUGCCAGACUCAUUUGUUGCAGUUGUUUGUAAUGUCUGGUGGGGCUUCUUCAUCCUGAAAAGAAGGAGACAGGGAUUUUUUUAAAGAGCAAGAAAGUCACAAGAUUACUUUUCCUUUUCUCUCUUUUUUUUUUUUUUUUUUUUAAAAUCAAAGACAACCUGAUAUGUAUUUGCUACUUAAGUGUACAGAUCUCCUCAAAAAAACAGCAAGGAAUUCCUACUUCAUGCGCUGGGUCUGUUUUAGCAAUGAGGGAGGGAGGAGACCUGGGCAGGAGGGGGGGGCGGUGCCCAUCAGUCUGAGUAGUUAAGGCUACUGAAACACUAAGAUGUGAAUCCCCGAGCUUUUCUUUUUGGGUUUUGUCAGAGAAAAGAAAAAAACCUUUAUUUCUAAGAAAUUUUUGGAAAUUAGAAAAAGGGAUUUCAGGUGGAUUUAAGUCAAAGCUAAUUCCCCAACAGUAAGAUCAUUUGAAACUGGUUUUUAUCCCUUUCCUUCCCCUAGAUCAAAUCAAUAUUAAUUGUGCCUUAUUUCACUUACAUAGACUUGAAUUAUUUUUAGGGAAAGCCCCUAUGUGAAUUCAGAAGUCACUACAAGCAGCAUUGAGACUGAAGUUGGAAUAUUCUGUUGACCGCAAAACCUUGAUGUCAUUCUGUGUAUAUAGAAUGUAAAAGGAAUAUUCAGUGUUACUGCCAUAUAUGUUAAUAUACACAAACUUAAUUAGCAUUGUCAUGGCCAAAUGCAUUCCCCCAUGCUUUUCUCUUUUCAAAAAAAAAAAUUGAAAAACAAAUCAACAACUCUAUCCCGUAACAGCCGCCUAAUUUUAGGAGUCUUGACUCUCACAUCUCACUGGUGUGGGUGCAUGAGGCUGUAGUAUGGAUGUCGUAUGGGUGUGUCUGAGUGUGUGUGAGAGCGCCUUGGAAGGGAUCUGCAGAUACUGUAAAUACCCGUACCAUUUUAAUAAAGCAUGUACAAUAAACCAAAAUAA